AUGGACGACAAUGAAGUAGACUCGGACUCGGAGCUUGAUUCGACUUGGGAGCAACUAUUGCAAACGAAUCCCCAGCGACUGGUAGACAUCUUCGAUCUGAACUAUGAUUCCAUUGGGCAAAAGAACAAAUGGGGAGACACAAUCGAUGAUAUCGAACCAGUCAAGCGUUGUAUUCGGUUCGCCGUCAAGAUUCGUGACCGAAGUUCACAGUGGGACGGUCUAGUGCGUGCUGGAAUAAUGGAUAAACUCUGUGAAUGUGUAACUGGCACACGUAAGACGUUCAGGAGACGCCCUGUCCAGGGCUCUCCGGGAGAGCCGAUCUCAUUUCAUUCUAUCUAUUAUGAACCCAUGAGAUAUCUCAUAAUGGCAUGCAAACGGUUUGGCUUCGAAUCGGCAUCGAUCACGGCGAACGUCAAAGGUUCUCUACGACGACACUGGAAAGACAUGGCUCGGCGUCUGUGGAACGAUCCGGACCAGACUGAGGAUCCACGAGCGUCGAUGGCCUAUGAACGUGCUAAUAUAUGUCUCCUUGUGGAUCUGGCUUGCGGGCACAGCCGUGCAAGGGAUAGGGCGUUCAUGACGACCGUGAAGAUGUUGCGAGAAGAUGAUGAUCUCACAACGCGCGUGGGAUUUCGGUAUUGGAUCAACUCAACUACACCUGUGGACUUUCGCAUCAUGGAGAGGUUGCUGUAUUCAAUCUACAACAUCACCGACGCCGACGAAGACGAAAUACUUGGUCCGCUCUUCACAAAGUUUCACCGGGAGAUGCACGCGGGCUGCAAGAGCUUUCAACGCAGCGUCGCGAAGAUCGAGUGGUCUCUUACCCAUCUUCACAAGGUCGAUAUCACUCUGAGCAGCAGCACCAUCCCGACUAUAUUCCUUCUUUUCCAACACAGCAUCCAAAACCGAACCAUGAAGCUCUACAUGACUGCUGAGCCCGACCUUGUCCAUGCUUUUCUGAAGCGAAAGGGUCUGUGGAAGGCUAUCUUCGAACACCUUGUCUUCAUCUCGCGAGAUACGUCCAUCCCCGGUGUAUCCCGCCCAUACUCGGUCGUGGCUAGUAGAACUUUACAUUGCGUUGCAGACGUCCUGGCGGCCACUCGGCGUCAAGUUACGGAGGAGUCUGUCGCCAUGGAUAAACUGCUGGGAUCUCUCCUUCUCGUCUCCGAGCGCCAUCCCUUUCUCUACCGAUCCCUACGAGAGCAAUUGCCCCGGCCCAGGAUUCUCCGUGCCUUGUUAGAUGCAGCAUACGUCGGCCCCGAAAAGCCUACGCCUCCUCGAUUCAUCCCAUCCAGCAUGCUCCCGGUCAGAGAUGGCCCGAAUCUGAACACCUACCACAUCUGCCCGUGGUUCUACUUGGACCUGUUACGGCUACGCGCUGAGAUGGAUAAGGAGUGCUCGCGGAGAGGAUGUAAGAAGCGUAGGAAGGCGAGGUGCAAGGCGUGUAAGAACACAGGAUAUUGCGGGUUCGAAUGUCAGAAAAGGGAUUGGGACGAACACCGCCUCGUAUGCGGUUUCGGGCGCACUCGUUCUCCCUCCAAUGUACGGAGGCAGGGAUUCAUCGAGACCGUAACAUACCCCGCUCGGUUCCCAGUGGCACGUUCAGGAUACAUCGAGUCCUGA